AGAGAUUCAUGACUCUACUCCGGCAAACUUGCCUUAGGGGAUAGCUUCAAGGCCAGCCUAAGCGAGGCAAAGCUUACCUUAAGUUCGUCUUGUCGAAAGUUUAGGUACGUUAUAGGCAUGGCCGCCUACCCGGCUCAUUGGCCGCUAACUGAGGUGCUUAUCUUCGGCCCGACCGCUUCACCGUCUGUUCCUUUCCCCCCUCAUUCUUUGCGACGACAGUGUCAUGAACGACCCGAUUGCGCAGGACCCAGAGUAUCAAGCGAUGCAAAGCGAUAGGCUCCAGAAGCGGAAAAGAGUCGAGGUCAAUGGGGGACCAUCUCGACGGAGCACGAACGCUUGUCACCGCUGCAAAGGCAAAAAGCUGAAAUGCCAUUUUGUCGGAAGUAUUCAGGAUAAGUGUGCUGCAUGUACCAGGGCCCAUGCAGAUUGCGUCUUCGAUGCACCACCUGAUGGUGUGCCACGAGGCCCUGAAUAUGUUGCGUCUCUUGAAGCCCGUGUUGCUUUAUUAGAGUCUGAGCUUCGACGGGCAGACCUAGGGUCGCCUCUUGUGAAUCAUCGUACAUACGGUGCAGGUGACAGAUCUGUUCCUAGUCCGACAGUUGCGGCGGACCAAGGUAGAUCCGGACUUACAGCAAGAGGAAGUGGCGGGUUCUCAUUCACAGAGCUUGUUGAAAGCAGUCUCCAGCAAGGGCAGAAAUCUCCAGAAACGACCACAGAGAUAACCUCUUUCAAUAUGUUACAGGGAGGACCCCCAAUCUCGGAGAUGCAGGCAACGUCAUUACCAGAGCUCCCAUCAAAAGAAGUCGGCAAUGCACUGCUUGAAACAGUAUACUCGUACACUCAAUCGCGAUAUUGCCUCGUCGAUUGGGUUCGUGUCAGAGAAUGGCAUGAACGUCGAGAAGAGAUAUGUCAUUGCACGAAAGGAGAUGGCGUUGACUCUCAAACAGGAGCCUUCUUUAUCUGGAUCAUUUACAGCAUCGGAAGCGGGUUUACGGCAAACCCAGAAUACCCGCCCAGGGCAUACUUCUCACAUGCCCUUAAGUAUCUCCAUGCUGUCUUGAGUUUACAAAACCUGAGCACGGUUCAAGCAUUACUCAUCAUGUGCCAAUAUCACUUUCGGGUAACUGUGAGUACUCUAUCAGCCUUCUUACGCAGAGCUAAUGACAUGACCAAGGGUGGACCAUCAGUGUGGCACCUAUCUGGCAUCAUCAUGCGCCUUUGUGUCGAACUUGGCUACCACAGAAAAGCGGCCAAGAUCACGGGCAACUAUGACCCACUUGUCCUAGAGCUCCAGAAGCGAUUCUUCUGGUGUGCAUACAGCUUCGAUCGGCUUGUGUCAAUGAUAGCUCGACGUCCGUUCAGCAUUCACGAUCUUGAUAUAGACGUUGAGCUCCCGGUGAAUGUUGAUGUCGCGUGUACAGAUCGCGAGAAGAUUCGGGAUCUUCAGCUCAGGCAAGCAGCUGGGGCAAAUCCGGAGAUUGGCACGGUCACCACGCUGACCUCGGCUCUACAUCACUACGAGAUGUAUCGUUUGAGGUCCAGAAUAAUAACGAGACUAUUCGGACCACACGCUUUUCCCCCAACAUACGAAGAGAUCAAGCAAUUACUAGGCGCCCUUGAUCACUGGAGAGAUACAGCACCCCAAGACCUGCCACCGGGAUGCCCAAAACAAUCGGACGAACGCAAAACCGGGUUUUAUUUGCAGGCAGUCCUCCUCGUAAUGCGGCCAGUACUGAUCCAGAAAGUUGUCGAGGGAGACUUGCUCCUUCUUUGCGCCGGAAAGGCAGCAGAAGCAUGCGAGAAUGUCAAACACUUGAGUCUCAGCCCGGAGACUCAGAUAGCGAGGACUGACCUAUAUCAAGCUUUCUACUGUGGCAUAACCCUGCUUCAAUGCUUAGCUUUGCAACCUAUGAUUCUGCCUGCACGUCGCACAGUACGCGCAAUUGUUGCGUGCUCAAGCACUUUAGCUGUAUAUACGCGACAUUUCGCCGGUGCUGCACCAUUUCUGGAGCUCUUCGAAAAGUUAUCCGAUCGAUUCUUAGGCAGCAGUGACGAUCCGGCUCUGGCUAACCUCAAUUCUUUACUCCGGCUACGAGCCAUACUCCAGGAGAUAAUGUCCAGCGACCCGUCGGAGACCUCGAAGUAAGUGUGUCGCCAUAAAUACAUCUGUCGGAGUGAUAACAUAAGCCUACAGGAUGUUGCAUCUAUUAUCUGAAG